GGAGUCCCUGAAGGCAGCAUUGCCUAGCAACGACAUAGUUUAGUUUCUCUGCUGUGUCUCGGCAUAAAUUUUAGCUGACUUUCUCUGACACAAUGCCCAAAAAGAAGGACAAGAAAAGCGGCGAGAAACAAGAUGAAGACAAGAAAACAAAGAAAAAGGAAAGUCUAGUGACUCGUACAGAUAAAACCGGUUCUGACGACAGAGAGAAGGAAUUAUACUUGAUUCAAAUCCGAUAUUUGAACGAGCAGUUGGAGAGAUAUCAGCUGAAAUGUGAUGAACUGGAGAAGCAGAGGAAGGACUUAAAUUCUCAGUACAGUGCGCUGGAGAAGGAGAAGAAGGACAUUGCUCAGUAUCUGAAACGUUCCCUGCUGGAGAAAGAGGACGAGGUGGACGAGCUGUCAGAGCGCCUGGAGAGUCAUCGGCAGGCUGCAGAGAAGGACAGAGACGCCCUGCAGCUGCAGCACAGUCAGCAGAGGCAGGAGCUUCAAGACCGUAAUGAUGAACUUACAGAGGAGAACAUGACAUUGGCGGCGAGGCUGGCUAAUCUGGAGGACUUUCAGAAGCAGAAGGAGCAGCUGAUGUCCAACAUGGAGUCUCUGGAGAAACAGUUGUCCAGUCAGGAGGAGGAGCACAAAGCUGCCUUCCACAGCUUGGAGAUGAAAGCACUGCUGGAAAAGAAGAGGUUGGAGAAGGAGAUGGAGAGCCACGUGGCGGCCAUGGCGGCAGAGGUGCAGCAGCUGGUGGACCAGAAGGUUCCGGAGACGACCAGGUUGGCUGUUCAGGAGAACAAAGAGGUGAAGGCCCGAUUCAGCCAGCUGUCUGAGCAGGCCCAGAUCCUGGUGGAGGAGAACACAGCGCUGCGGGGGAAGAAGAGUCAACUCAGCGUGGACGUGGACAUCCUGGAGCAAACACUCAGCGGGAUUUCCCGCGAGAGCUGUAUCCGUAAGAAGGUGGUGGAGCAGCUGACAGAGAAGUGUCAGCAGCUGCAGGUGAAGCUAAACGACAGCAGGCAGGAACUCGAGCAGCUUCAGACCGAACACAAAGGAGUCCUGGCAGAGCUGAAGGCUCUCAGACGGGACCACACCUCAGCGUCUGAGCAGUGCAGUAAAAACAGAGCUGAGGUGAGUCGGCUGGAGGCGGAGCUGCAGGACGAGAGGAGGAGGAGGAGCAGGAUGAAGAGCGUCAUGCAGGAAGCUGCCGUCACUCUCAGACAAGCCCUGAGGGAAGUGCAAACAGAGCAGGACUCAGAGGUGGACUCUGUCGUCCAGUGGAAGCAGCUGAUAAAGAAGCUCCUGCUGGUCCUGGACAGACCCGCCCAGCUGGGAAAUGACUCGUCCCUCACCAGCUCCACCGCUGAGAACGAAGCAGGAACCCUGAAUCCAGCUUUGAGGUUCCAGUUCCAGCUGGCCCGCUACAGGCCGGGCGAUCUGGGCCUUGUUCCCCGUCCCGCACUGAAACACAAACACAUACUCACCAGAACAGGAGCUGGAUCCAGCAGCACCCACCUGCCUCUGUACAGGAAACCCUCCAAUCAGAAGACGGCCAGCUCCGUUAACCUGACUCAGACUGACUCAGCUGUGAGAUUCUUGACUUCCAGAAACUCCUUCACCAAACUCAAAUCACAGUGACAAAACUAAUUUCCUAAUCAUGUCGGAGAAAAACAUUUAUAUGUUUCAAAUAGGAGGAUCUAAUCUGUUGAUUUGAAAAUGUCUUUGUUGAAGUGAGAUUGUGUAACUUUAUGGCCACAAGUGACAAACAUGGGAUAAAGUAGUGACAAGUAGAGAGGAGUUAUACAGCAUAUCUAUGUAAAGUUUGAUAACAUUAACCGACAUAAGCUACCAUUCAUACCAGACCAAGUGAGGAUGUUGCAGUGUGUCGAAUUGAGCAAGUGUUCCUGUCAUCUCUUAUGAAUCCAACUUUUCAUUGAUAAUUGAAUGAAUGUGUUAUUUCCUCAUUCAAAAGUUACAUCGUCUCACUUUGUAUGAUAGUGGACACUUUAUCUUAUCACAACAAGUUUCCAAAUCUGCUUUGUCACUUUUAAAGUGAAAUUUAUUUCUAGCUUUAGUUUAUUUUUGGUUCAACAAUCACGAUUCAUCACAUUUCCACAUAAAUACUGGAGAUACUCAUGUACGGUAUUAAUGUGAUGAGCAGCCGACAGUUAAUUUGCUUCCUGUCUGAACGCAGCCAAAGUGGGUGAAUUUUGAAGCUUUGUUCUGAAAUGAGUCGUCUCAGAUCAGAUCUCAAUCAUGAAGGCAACAUGUGCCAAAACAUUGAUUCGUAGAUGUAUGAAUAAAAAGACUGCAGAGAAAUGAA